AUGUCAAAUGAAAAAUGCAGAGAUUUCGACGAAAUCACUUCUUUUCUGGGUGACUAUGGAUGCUUUCAAAUUCUAAUCAUUGUUUUGCUGAGUUUAAGUACAAUACCGUGUGGUUACAUGGCAUUCUUGGCUGUAUACAUCACGUACACCCCGGCACACCACUGCAAGGCGUGGGUCAACUCCACGCCUUACGACUUAAAUGGAGUGACGUCUUUCCCAGAGCGGAGCACCGAGGCCGGAACAACUGGCAGCUGUUCUCGGUACCAAGUGCAGGAUGCAAACUGGACCGAUACGAUCAAAUUGGGCAAUGGCACGGAUCCAUGUUUGGAUGGAUGGGUCUUCAGCACUGAGAGAUACACCAUUGUGUCUGAGUGGGAACUGGUGUGUGAGAAUGCAUGGAAGAUUCCUUUUUCCACUUCCGUGUUCUAUGUCGGCGUCCUGUUUGGAACCUUCAUCAGUGGUCAGCUCUCAGACAGGUUCGGCAGAAAGCUCGUGCUGUAUGCCACCGUGGCGUUACACUCCAUCACUGCCUUGAUCCAGGCCACGUCUGUCAACUGGCUCAUGUUCUGUGUUCUAAACUGUGUGAGAGGAACAGGCCAAGUGUCCAGUUACCUUGCAUCACUUGUUCUGGGAUCUGAGAUGCUCUGUCCGUCAGUCAGGGUGAGCUACACCCUCCUGGGUCACAGUCUCGGUUUUGGCAUUGGGUAUGCGUUGUUGCCGCUCUUUGCCUACUUCUUACGAGGCUGGAGGUGGCUGCUGGUUGCUAGUGCCAUCCCGGGUCUCCUCUGGCUUCUUACUUGGAGGGUGAUUCCUGAGUCUCCUCGCUGGCUUUUGUUGAGAGGCCAGGUGAAGGAGGCUGAAAUGGUUCUAAGACAAGCUGCCAAACUAAACAAAAUCCAUGCACCUGAGGUUUUAUUCCUGCCUGCUGAGGUCUCAGAACUAAUGAAAAAAACAGGUGAAAAAGAGCAGACUUAUUCAUGCAUGGACUUGAUGAACACCGCUAACCUGAGGAACAUUACAGCCAUUGGUCUUUUCAUAUGGAUUGCAGUUGCCAUGGUGUUUAAUGGUCUCUCUCUCAAUACCAGCAACCUGAAUGGAAAUAUAUACCUCACUUGCUUAAUGUCAGCAGCCACUGACAUCGUGGCCUAUGUUUUCUCAUGGCUUUUGUUUAACAGAGUUCCACGGCCCACUCUCCUCUUCGUCACACUGAUGUUCUGUGGAACAAUGUUGCUUGUCAUAAAGCUGAUUCCUCAGGACAUGCACGUCACGUUCCAAGUGUUGGUCCUUUUAGGGAAAAUGGGGGUAGCGAUUGCCUACUGCUUUACCUAUCUGGUUUUUGCCGAAUUAUUCCCCACUGUGGUGAGGAACACAGGUAUGGGUUUUUUGUCCUCAUCUGCACGGAUCGGCGCCAUCAUUUGUCCAUAUGUCAUCCACAUAGGCAAGUGCGCUUUUGUUAACUUGUACAUUAUCACACAAAGCUUGUGUAUUUACAUUUUGCAUGAUCACUGUGCUUUGCAUGUUAUUUUUUAUUUUAGUCAGUCCAAAAAUAUAUAUUUUGCAGGAAUUUACAGCAAGAUUCUUCCUUAUAUUAUUUUUGGUGCAUUCAGCAUCGUGGCUGCUCUUUUAAGCUUGUUGCUUCCAGACACAAGAAACAACAAACUUCCUGACCUUAUCAGCGAGGCCAAAUCCAUUCGAAGCUGUUGCACUCCCAAGAAAACACUGGCUGCAGCCCAAAAAGCGACACACAGCCAAGCAUGAUACAACAGCUCCCUCUGCUGGAAAACAGCAUGUGUUUCAAAGUUGUGAUCUACCGCCAUUGUUUUUAAUAAGUCAACACCUCAAUAGUUUAAAUCAAUUGUUUAACUGUUUUUAUUACAUUUAUAUUAUUUCUAUUGA